UAUUAGCGUGGGUCUUAUUAAAUUGCAGGCUUUCAUUAUUUUAUAAUAUUAACUUUCCCGGGGGGAAGCGGCUUCAGUGCUGUGGGUCUCAGAGCUGAAGACGUGUGAAGGAGAAGAUCUGCGACGAUCCUGGCCUGCUGGAGAAGACAUGGCGCGCCUGGUAGCUGUGUGCAGAGAUGGCGAGGAGGACUACCUUUUUCUCGCCAGACAGAUUCCCCUGUAUAUUGAUGACACACUCACGAUGGUGAUGGAGUUUCCUGACAGUGUCCUGGACUUUGACAGUCAUCAAAUCAACAGUUCACAAAUGAAGCAGUUUAUUGAGCACCACAGCAUGCUGAAGCAGCAGGACCUGAACAUGGCGCUGAUGGUGAUGUCACGCGAGGUGUUCAGUGCUCUCUCACAGCUGGUGCCGUGUGUGGGCUGCAGACGCAGCGUGGAGCGUCUCUUCUCCCAGCUUACAGACUCGGGCUACUUUGCCCUGGAGCCUCUGACCGUGGGCUCAGCGGGAGUGCUGUCUGUCACCAGAGCCUGUCUGACGGACCCCCGCAAACUCUACGCACUCUUCUAUGUCCAUGGGACGAAGCUAAAUGACAUAAUUGACUCUAUUCCAAAAAGCAAAAAGAACAAACGCUGUCAGCUGCAUUCUUUAGACACGCACAAGCCCAAGCCCUUGGGGGGGAGCUGGAUGGACGUGUGGGAGCUGAUGUCUCAGGAGUGCCGGGACGAGGUGGUUCUUAUCGACAGCGCCUGUCUGCUCGAGACUCUGGAGACAUACUUGCGGAAACACAGGUUCUGCACAGACUGCAAGAACAAGGUUCUGAGGGCCUACAACAUUCUGGUUGGUGAGCUGGACUGCAGUAAGGAGAAGGGCUACUGUGCAGCUCUGUAUGAAGGCCUGCGCUGCUGCCCGCACGAGCGCCACAUCCAUGUCUGCUGCGAGACAGACUUCAUCGCUCACCUGCUGGGCCGGGCAGAGCCGGAGUUUGCUGGUGGCUAUGAGCGCAGGGAAAGACAUGCCAAGACUAUAGAUAUAGCACAGGAGGAGGUGCUGACCUGUCUGGGGAUCCACCUGUACGAGCGGCUUCACAGAAUCUGGCAGAAGCUGCGGGCUGAGGAGCAGACCUGGCAGAUUCUGUUCUACCUUGGCAUCGAUGCAUUACGCAAAAGCUUUGAGAUGGCCGUGGAGAAGGUGCAGGGAAUCAGCCGGCUGGAGCAGCUCUGUGAGGAACUGUCGGAAGAGGAGCGUGCAAAAGAGCUGAAGCAGGAGAAGAAGAGACAGAAACGCAAGAACCGACGCAAAAACAAGUGUGGUUUCGACAUGUCUGAACAAGAAGCUGAGGGAGACAAAGAGAAGAGCCUGGAUGAGGGUUCAACGGAGUCUGUGAAUGGAGGCUGUAAGUCGUGUCACAGUGGGGAAGAGUCUGGAUGCAGUGUGGAGGCGAUCGCCCCUCUCGAGAACUCAUCCUGUAGCUGCCCCGCCUCCUCUUCCAUUCUGGGCUCACCUAAAACCAAAAAAGGGCUGUCUCACAGCAACGGCAGCGACUGUGGCUACUCCUCCAGUAUGGAGGGCAGUGAGACGGGCUCCAGAGAAGGUUCAGACGUGGCGUGCACUGAGGGCAUGUGUAACCAUGAUGAAUCGGGUGAGUUCUUAUGCAGUCACAACUGCUCUGAAGAGAAAGAGGAGGACUGUGUGGACAGCUGUGUGGAGUGCUGGGCCAACUCUGAGAUGCACACUGACGGCAUUAAGAACAAGAAGAAGAAAAGAAAGAGCAAGGGCUCGCUGUGUGGGCACGAACAUCAGGGUUUAAAGUCAGAGAGCUGCACGUCAGAAAGCAGUCGGAGAGGCUCCCCUUGCAUGAACAGCACCCGUGACUCCACUGCCUCGUCCACACACAGCUGUCGGAGGGAAGAAACAUCACGCUCAAAGACCUGCUGUGGAUCAUUCACCAGCAAAUCCCCGCAGCUGCCCCGAGCCGAUCAGCAGCGGAAGGGCAGCGGGGGUCUUGUCCUCGGCCAGCCGCCUCCAGCGGACACCUGCACGCAGGCAGAGGGCACCACCAAGAGCCUCAUGGAGCUGCUGCAGGAUGAGGCAGAAGCGUCAUCAGAUGAAGAGAACUGCCUGACGCAGGACGAGAUCCAGUCGUUUGUGGAGGAGAACAAGUCUUUCUACAGCCAGCGGGACCAGUACCGGCAGCACCUGAAGGACCGCUUCACCAAAUACUGCCACUCGAACGUGUGUGGAGGAGAGUGGCUGCCUACUACCAGUGUCAAAUAAUCGACACACCCUCUCUCAAACACACAAUUUCUACGGAUGGGAAAAACACUCACGAUUACCACUGCUGAGCCGCUUUUUUCAAGAAAGAGAAAAAGAAGAAAUGAAAUGCAAAAAGAGAAUGAAAUCUGAGCUCUGUCUUGUUCAAUGGAAAGGUUUUGUUUUUGUUUGUUGGGAAAGGUUUAAAUGUUCAAGGUCUACCUUCCUUCCACACAUCUGUCCUCUCAAUCCCUACAUCCCUCUUCCCACUCAGUCUCUUCCUUCUCACCCCCUCUCUCAUCACUCACUCAUCCACCCUCCCUCCCUCCCUCACUCACUGAACCUGGUGGUUUAUUUCUGUUUGAUUUCUGUUUCUGGAUUUAUUGAUUUAAGAAGUGGGUAAUUAGGAGCGCAGUGAAAUUGAUGAUCAAGCUUUGCGUGCUCUGACUGUAGGGUUAGGUAAUGGUAGUCUUCUUCUUGUCUUAUCGUUUCUAUAACAUUUCUCUUUGUUUUCCCAGUUCGUCUCACUGACUGUGACGCUUUUUAGUGGCAAAAAAAAAAUCAAUUGUACCAAUAAAUGUGUACAGAAAUAAUAUCUGAAUAUAAAGAUUUUACAGAAAGAAAAAAACAUCCAUUUAUAAGGAGGUCUGGGUGUAAUGUUGAGCGAAAUGUGCAAAAUUUACAUAAUAAAGAAUAUUUAUUAAUAUGCA